GCUGAGAGUGAAAUGGGAGGGACACAUUUCUCAAGCUGAUGCUCUGGAGAAACUUUAGUGUCCCGAAAGUGUAGCAGACAGUCUGACUUUCCAGCACAGAGACACAGUCCAGUGGACAGCACAAUCCAUCAGCUGCAGCAGAGACCUGAAACACCGUCAUCAUGUCCAGCAAGCGAGCGAAGGGAAAGACCACUAAGAAGAGGCCACAGAGAGCCACUUCAAACGUGUUUGCCAUGUUUGACCAAUCACAGAUCCAGGAGUUCAAGGAGGCCUUCAACAUGAUCGACCAGAACCGAGAUGGAUUCAUCGAUAAAGAGGAUCUCCAUGACAUGCUGGCCUCUUUGGGGAAGAACCCGUCUGAAGAUUACCUGGAGGGCAUGAUGAGUGAAGCUCCAGGGCCCAUCAACUUCACCAUGUUCCUCACUAUGUUUGGAGAACGGCUCAACGGAACCGACCCGGAGGACGUCAUCAGGAACGCUUUCGCCUGCUUCGACGAGGAAGGAUCCGGUUUAAUUCAUGAAGACCACCUGCGAGAGCUGCUGACCACCAUGGGAGAUCGUUUCACAGAUGAAGAUGUGGACGAGCUCUUCAGAGAGGCUCCCAUUGACAAAAAGGGCAACUUUAACUACGGCGAAUUCACCCGGAUUCUCAAACACGGGGCCAAAGAUAAAGACGACAUGUAGACGAUCAGAGAGCAUCAGCCGCAGCUGCACAGCGCAUUACAAACACAUGAUCAGCAUCUAGAAGUCAAAGAAAAACACAUUUCGGGUCACAAAUAUUCCAUGGUCUAUAAAAGAAGUAUUUUUUUUCUCUAAAUGCAUUCGAUACAACCAGGUUGCAUUGCUAACAAUCUGUGCAGUGUGUAUUUUGUGUUUUUAUGGGGGACUACAGUAUAAAGCAAUGUACUCUGCAGCUGCGGCUGGACGUCUUUGAGUUCGGAAUCUGUGCACCUCAGAAAUGAAACUAUUACAUUGGAAAUGCCAUAAACCUGUAGAAAAGGUUAUUUUAACGUGUGUAUUUAAAAGGAUUAUCAGUAUCUCCCCCUCACUGAGCAAUAUUAUCAGAUAUCAAAAACAUUAUGGGUAUUUUGAAGUCAUUAAUGGAAGUACAGAACGACAGAUUCCUUAAGGUCACCUUCAUUUUUCAAACUGAUAUUCUCCUGAUAACCGAGACGCAGACUUUAGGAUGUGUUGAUUUUUUUGGUGGUACUGCUACUUGUAUUUUCCCAUUAAACCCUGUGAAUAUCUGGCUUAUAAAAUGUGUAUUUACAUGUGGCAGCUCUCAGACACCGAGUCAUCCAUCAUAUGAACAUGACUCAUUUUAUACUGAAAUAAAGAUGGCCUCGAACUAUACAGUGAAUUCUCAAAAUAAUUUCUGUGCAUGCAUAAGUCAACAGUACUCAUUUCUGGACAUUUGCUCUGUAAAAUAAAGCAAUUUCCAUUACUUCACAACAUUACUACAAAUCUAUGAAAAACGAAGCUUUAUUUCUCUGUAAUGCUUGUACAAAAGGACAUCAAAUAAAAUCUUAAGGCAGAUAUUGCACAGACUAGUCCAAAGGUUUUCUAAGGAAGCAGGUAAGGCACAGAUGCCAGCUUUACUGUCCUCAGUUAUACACACACACACGAUCAUAUUAAACAAAAUCCAUGUAUUUGGUCGUACAGGAGAGAGCUACGCAUAUUUGAUGUAUACACAAUAAAAGCAGGUCUAUGCCA